GUGGCUCCUGCUUUCCUCGAGUUGACAGUGGCACAGGGACGCCUCAGUGAGACGCUGUGCGCGCGUAACGGUGCGCGCCUUCGUACUUUCUUCCGCGUCGACGCUCGCGUUUCCAAGUUUGCUCUCCUAACCUAAUCUCCACGGAGACUGCAUAGGGAUCUUUAGAGCUUUUGUGUUCCACUUAAAGACGGCCAAAACAUGCGCUCUGAGACUAACGCUCAGCGACGGAGUUUCUCCAUCUGCCUACAGUUCGCCAAAAUUGGCACUUUUCUAUCGUGUUCUCGCUGAACGCAACCGAGGAUGAAGUUUGGCCAAAGCGUUUGCAUCUUAAACGUGGGCGGCACGCGGUACGCUUUUCCCAUGGAUGUGCUGAAAGACUUCCCUCUGAGGAGAGUGAGCCGCCUGCACAGCUGCGCGUCGGAGCGAGAGGUGCUCGAAGUGUGCGACGACUACGAUAAGGAGCGCAACGAGUUCUUCUUCGACCGUCACGCUGAAGCUUUCGGCUUCCUCAUGCUCUAUGUAAAGCACGGCAAACUGCGCAUAGUGCCACGAAUGUGCGAGCUCUCCUUCUACAACGAGAUGAUAUACUGGGGUUUGGAAAGCUCACAUCUGGAACUGUGCUGUCAGCGUCGCCUGGACGAUCGCAUGUCCGACACAUGCACCCACUUCACCGAGGAGGAGCGACGUGUCGAUAACAAAGAUGACCAAAAGCAGCAAGAGCAGCGGAGUCGGCGAGGCACUGGGCGCGUAAAGGACGCCAAGUGGCUCGAGAGCAUGCGCAGGACCUUCGAGGAGCCCACGUCCUCAGUGGCCGCGCAGAUUCUCGCUGCUGUCUCUGUCAUUUUCGUGAUUGUGUCAAUGGUGCUCCUGUGCGCGAGCACUCUGCCCGACUGGAAAACGGCCGAAAGUAACAUGGUGGAGGAGCACAGGAUCAUCGAGGCGGUGUGCAUUGGCUGGUUCACAGCAGAGUGUAUCGUACGUUUCCUUGUGUCACGUGACAAGUGUGAGUUUGUGCGUCGUCCACUGAAUAUCAUUGACCUGCUGGCCAUAACGCCUUACUACAUCUCCGUGACCAUGACAGUCCUGACUGGAGAGAACUCACAGCUGCAGCGGGCCGGUGUGACACUGCGCGUGCUACGCAUGAUGCGCAUCUUCUGGGUAAUCAAGUUGGCUCGCCACUUUCUGGGCCUGCAAACGCUGGGCCUGACACUGCGCCGUUGUUACCGCGAGAUGGUCAUGCUGCUGGUGUUCAUCUGCGUAGCCAUGGCCAUCUUUGGAGCCCUGGCCCAGCUGCUUGAGCAUGGCCUUGAUCUGAAGUCCAGCAAUGAGGAGUAUGCCAGCAUCCCUGCCGCCUGCUGGUGGGUUAUUAUCUCCAUGACGACUGUCGGCUAUGGAGACAUGUACCCCAUCACCGUGCCAGGGCGUGUUCUAGGAGGCCUUUGUGUGGUGAGUGGCAUAGUGCUGUUAGCACUACCCAUUACUUUUAUUUACCACAGCUUCGUGCAGUGCUAUCAUGAGCUCAAGUUCCGCUCUGCUCGCUGCACCAGGAGCCUCUCGGCUGAAUUCCUCAACUGACUGUGUCUCUGUCAGACUUUUACACGGACAUUAUUUCAAUAGAUUCAGUUUGUUCUCUCGGCUCAGUGAAUGAUCUGAAUCAUUCAAAUAUCUGGUCUCAGGUAGAACUUAGGAGUUUGGUCUUAAAUGAGUUUACGUAUGUUUAGCCCAUCUGGUACUCAACUCAGUCCACUGAGGAACUUAGAGUCUACAGGGAUUAGUUCCAGCCCUGCUCCACAUAAAUUCAUUUCACUAGAAACACAGACUGGAACACAUUCAGUCAGGUCAAGUGUUGUGGUGCAAAGUUGGAACAAAUACUGUGAACUCUGUGUUCCUCCAUGGUCCAAGUUGAGAGCCCAUGGUUUACCCAGCAAGUCUACCACUGACAUACAAAUUUUCAGGAAGUCAGGAUUCACUCAGCUGUGCUGUUUUACAGUAGCAACAUUUACUGGCCUUUCACAGUUACAGGCAAGGCUACCAUGGAAACAUUGUCUUUCAGUCCAGAUAUCCCAGUCAGGGGCAAACUACAGGAACUGCUGGUGGGCAACAUUGACUUGUCUACCAGAAAUUUUAAGCACACUCAACAAGGACUAAAAAGCUUCAUCCUCCCAGCCAGACGGACACUUCAUCCACUAGAUAUGGCAUGCAGCCACUGAAAGAUUUUUGCUUCUUAAUAUCAUCUAGACAACUUACAGUUUUGGCAAACAUACAGGAGAAAAAAACAAUUAAACUAAUUUCAUUGAGUUUUUUUAUUAUUAUGAUAGCAUUGUUUGUAUUAAAAACAAGUUCUCAGAUCUCAGCAGUCCAGCUGUCCCUGAAAGAAAAUGUUAGGUGGUUAUAUAAGGGUGAAAUGUGCACUGAAUGAAAUUUUUGUGUAAAAUCCAAUGAUGUGUGACAUAAAAUCUGCAGGGACAUUGGAAAAAGCAAGCAUGAGAGAGAGAAAGAGAGAGAGAGCCAUAGAGAGGAAUGAUGCCUAACUGUGUAGGCAACUGUGCAGCAUCGCCAAAUAUGUAAAGUGGAAGACAGAGAGCUUCUGACUGAGAACACUGAUAGAUGGUUUGAUUGGCCAUGCGAUACAUAUAAUGUUUUCCAAAUUCACCACCAGUGUGCAUCCAUUCUAGCUCAAUAUGUCUUCACAUUUGAGCAGUGAAAAGCUUUGAGUAUUGUGUUGUUAUGUCAAAAACAACUUUUCAUAGAAAGAUCCCUGGAUGGUUUAAGAAUGAGCUUAAAACUGAGUUGCUACUAGGCACAAACCUGUUGUUAAGAAUUAACUGAGUUCAAGAAAGCCGUUUGCUAAGAAAACUUUGUUACAGUUAAAUGUGAAUCAAAUAAUGAGACAAGAAUAAUCGCAUAAAACUAAUGUACAUGACAUUAAUCUUUCAGGUCUAAGCAGUCUGUUUGCUUCAUCUGUUGUUUUUUAUUUGAGAUUUGCAUUUUUAUUAAUGCUUAUUUUCAUGCAAAUUGUGCUUGAUUAUUUUUAUUAUUGGGGAAAAUGCUCCUUCUAACAGUAAAGAAAAACUGACCAAACUGCAUAUAAAUCACUCUAGCUUUUCAUAUCACAUGUACAUCUCAUUUGAAAGCCAAACGAAGUAUAAUGUCUCACCAAGAAACAGGUGAAAAAAAAACAUUUGACUUCACUGAAUCUCACACACUAUGGAAGGAGGGAACACCACAAAUUCAACUCAUAUCCAGCUAUGUUUCCUUUAACUGGUUGAUACUCCUCCCUGCUAAUUCUGUUAUUGUCACUAAUGAGCAUCUUUGUUCAUUUGCUGUCAUCUCACUGCUUUCCUCUUGAGGAACUGAUGUCUUGAUUGGAAGACGAUCCAUUCUGUGGGCCAUAAAAGGAAUGAAGAUGUAUCUGAUGUGCCUGAUGUGCUAUAUCUUCCUUUAUAUAUAUCCUUAUUAACAAUUAAGCCCCAUGUCACAUGGGAGGUGUAAUUUCAUUAUUCUCUCUCGCUAUCUCUUGCUCUCACUCUCUGUCUGUCUUGCUCUCUAUUGCUUACUCUUGCUCUCUCUCGCUCACUUUCAUGCUCUCUCUCUCUCUUUAUUUUUGCCUGAUGCUGCUUUUUGCUGCCUCUUGCUUGUUUCUAUCCAAACACAGCUGAUAAAUCUUAAGAAAAGAAUGUCAAAGCCAAUUUUUUUAAUCCAAGGUCAAGAUGGAAAACCUUUUUCCCAAUACUGCUGAUAAGCCAGUUCAAUAUAUAUGGUAAACAUAAUUCUCGUUUAUUUUACAUGUUCUGUCAACUUAACCCCCUAAUGAAAAGCUCAGGAUUUCAAUGAAAAUGAAUGUGGGUAUUGAUUUGAGUGCCAAAGGUUGAUUAUUCAACUGCCCUCUUAAGCCAUGUGAGUUUAUAAGGAGGCUCAUUUACUAAAUCGAUAAUACUGCCAGAGCCCUCACAGGAUAUAUAAAACUUUAUUCAGUGCUAUUUUUAAAAUCUUUCUGAAGAAUGAUAUUCAGUGUUUCCCUUUAAAGUUUUUUAGGACAUUCAAAAAUGUAUUCACUCAUGGAACACUUAAGUAAUCAGUAUGCAUACUGGUUUACAGAAUCGUAUGUACAGAUAUACCUUUUUAUAUUAUUUGUUUAAUUGCUAAAUCUAAAAUCAAGUGCCAAUACAGAAAAUUGUGUUUUAUUAUAUUGUGUUCUCAUACUGGCACUGUUCACUGUGAUGAAUCUACUGCCUACUGGCUGUAUAACCUUGUUUUUUUUGUUAUUUUAAUUUAUUUGAUAUUUGAAUUAUAACCUCAUACUAUGUCAAUCAAGGAGAAAUUCUAAAUGUCGAACCCACAUUUUUGUAGGUUUUUGGCAUUUGAGGAUGAAGCCUGUCGUUUGUCACGUCAUGCAACAUUGUCCACAGAUACUAAAAAGUAAACCUUUCAAAAAACAAGAAAAAAAAGUUUUUGAAAAGAAUUGAAAAAAAAUUCAAAAUGCCAUUGCAUAUUUUACUCUAUGGAUUGAGUUUCUUGUAGGGGAAUUUGAACUUGAAGGUAAUUUAGUACUUAGAUAUUUUGUUACAUUCGAUUAAUAGGUGGGUAGCUACAGUAGGCUACUUUUGUAAAAGUCUAGUUAAGCAUAAAGUCUAAAAUUCCAGUAAUCUUUUUUAUUUGUUUUUAGCACUGCCUGUGUUUUUAAAAUAGAGAAUCUAUUUUGUAUAAAGUAGCAUAAAAUAUGUGUUUGUAAUGGCUGAAACAACUCUGUGAUAAACUAUGAAUAAAUUUAUCCUUGAUGGCUAAAUGCAAUGAUCUUACUGUUCAUUUUAAGGAUGUUUUAUUUUGUGCAAGUUGUAUUGCUUUGA